AUGGAAUCAAUAGAAGAAACACUUAGACUCAGAGGGAUUAGGCAUGAAGAGCAAACAACUGUGAAUUGGUAUGAUGAAAAGUGGCUUAAAGAACAUAUUUUAGAUAACAAAACCAUUAUGAACUACUUUUAUCUUUCUAUCUUUUAUGAUAAAGCAGCAAAUAAUGAAAAAUGCAUAGAAGACUUAGCAAGAUUAAAGAACUUAGUCGGUCUAGAAUAUAUAUUAGACCACUCGAUCCCUGAAUUAGGAAUUUACCAUAUUAAAAAGCAGUAUAGACACAAUGACAGAAGAGUUACUACUCUAGCUCUCUAUUAUGUUGUGGCUGGGAAAAUCUAUGAAGCUCCAUCAAUUAAUAAGAUAUUAACAACAAGAAUGAGAAAUUUUGCUUUCAAUUUAGAUGCUUCUUUAAAAUAUUUAUCAAAAUAUGCAAAACAAACCGAUUAA